AUGGAUCUCACUAAAGAAAUCAAAGUGUUUCAAAGCGAAUGCUGUAAUGGGUGGCAUUGUAAACAUGAAGAUUGCUUUGUAGGCGAGCCCGAAGAAAAACCGGAGGGUCCCGAUAUACGACAGUUUUGCGGGCAUUGUAAAAUGGGGAUUUAUCAUUUCUCCCAACAAAACAAACGAAUAGAACGUGAAACAAAAGCAAAACACACCGAAGAAGGACCGCAAUUUAUGUAUACGGGCUACCAGUAUUGUGAUGGGCAAUACAAAUAUGAGUAUGUAAAUACGGGUGAAAUCUUUGGGUCCAUAACAGAACCCGUCGACGAUCUCACGAUAAAUCAGAUCGGGUUACAAUGGCUAGCUCAACGUCCGUGCGGUGUGGAGGUGUUGGUCGUCCCGGAGAAAAUAAAAGAGGACGGUGAAAAAAAAAACAAACAAACAAAAAUUGACAAAUUUCUCAAAUAA